AUGUCAGACGCAGAGCCUCCAAGCCCAAGCCCAAGGCCCAGGGGACCGGAGGCCAGCUCCCACACCCAAGCGUUGGACCGUCUCAAGGCCCGCCGCCGCGCCGCUCCUCGAUCCCACGCCACUAGACCCCAAAUCAGGUUAGAGAACCCUAUCUACGACAUCGAUGUGGUGAAUGAUGUUAAGAAUGAGAUAGCACAACUUCUCGUGAAUUUAGGAGUUUCCAACUUUAGCAUGACGCCUGUUAAGAGAAAAUAUGCAUUUGAACGAUCUGAAAUACCUACAGGUGAAAAUUAUGUGGUGAAAGUCAAUUAUUCAUUCAAGGAUCCAGUACUUCCCGUAGAUCUUAAAGGAGAAAGUUUUUGUGCUCUCUUAGGAACCAGUUACAGUGCGCUCGAGCUUUUUCUGAUUAAAAGAAAGAUAAAGGGGCCUUCAUGGCUACAGGUUUCAAAGUUUUCUACAAUCGCAGCUUCUCAAAGAGUUAGCUGGUGCAAAUUUGAAGUGACUGUUGACUCUCCUAAAAGCAUAAGGAAUUCAUCUCCUUCAAAAAUCACUUCUAAGAUUCCUCCUGUAGUUGUUGCAGCGAUAAACUUGAAAACCACCAUCAAUGAAAAGAAGAACAUAAAUGAGAUUGUAUCUGCAUCCGUAAUAUGUUGCAAUAUGGUUAAGAUUGACACUCCUACUCUGGCUUCAGAGUGGAAGAAACUUGGGAGGUUGACCCAUUUUACCGUUAUUCGUAAGAUUGAUGGGAAAAUAUUUCCGAUGGGAUUCAAUACGGAGGUAGCGAACAAAAACAAAAAAGCUGGUUCAAAUGUAUUGUACGUUGAAAGCAGCGAAGGAGAUUUGUUAAACCGCUUGAUGUUAGAAUUACACAAGUUGGAUAGUGAUGUUCUUGUUGGACAUAAUAUUUCUGGAUUUUACCUUGAUGUUCUUCUUCAAAGAUGCCAGGCUCGCGGAGUAAUGAGUAGUAACUGGUCCAAACUAGGCCGCCUCAAACGUUCUAGAAUGCCUACACUUGGAAGAAGAAGCAAGAUUUUUGGUGCUGGAGCAGAUCCUGGCAUCAUGUCUUGCCUUGCUGGCCGACUUCUUUGUGAUACCUACUUGUGUUCCCGUGACCUAUUAAAGGAGGUUAAUUAUUCUUUAACUCACCUUGCAAAGUCACAUCUGAACAAGUUUCGGAAAGAAGUUGCUGCACAUGAAGUUCCAAAAAUGUUCCAAACAGCAGAAUCCCUAAUGGAACUUAUUGAAUACGGUGAAACGGAUGCAUGGUUGUCUAUGGAACUCAUGUUUUAUUUAAGUAUUCUUCCACUCACACGUCGGCUGACUAAUAUUAGUGGUAAUCUGUGGGGAAAAACACUCCAGGGUGGUCGAGCGCAGAGAGUGGAGUAUCUUUUGCUGCAUACUUUCCAUGCAAUGAAAUAUAUGGUGCCAGACAAGUUCUCAAACCAUGCAAAAUAUACAAAAUUGACGAAACGCAAGUUAACUAGUGAUGUUGAGGAUAGAAACUUUGAUGUAAAUAUUGAUGAUGCAAACUAUGACAAUGAUGCUUCUGAAGUGGAUCAUAAGAAAAACAAAAAAUGUCCUUCUUAUGCCGGGGGAUUGGUUUUGGAGCCAAAGAAGGGUCUAUAUGACAAAUAUAUAUUGCUUCUAGACUUCAACAGUCUUUAUCCUUCUAUUAUUCAGGAAUACAAUAUCUGCUUCACAACUGUUGAGAGGUCUUUUGACGGAACUUUUCCUGGUCUACCAUCUAGUAAAACAACUGGAGUCUUGCCAGAGGUGCUGGAAAAACUGGUUAAGCAGAGGAAACAGAUAAAGUUGUGGAUAAAGAAUGAAAAGAAGAAGAAUGAAAAAGCUGAUCCUAUUAGAGUUCAGCAACUGGAUAUUCAACAGCAAGCACUAAAACUUACUGCAAACAGUAUAUAUGGGUGCCUGGGAUUUUCCAAUUCAAGAUUCUAUGCUAAGCCGUUAGCCGAGCUCAUAACGCAACGAGGAAGGGAGAUACUACAGAGUACUGUUGGCCUUGUUCAGAAUAACUUGAAUCUAGAGGUUAUCUAUGGCGAUACUGAUUCAAUAAUGAUUUACAGUGGGCUAGAGGAUAUUCAGGAAGCAAAUAAGAUUGCUGCAAGAGUUAUUCAAGAGGUCAAUAAGAAAUAUACACGCUUGGAAAUUGAUCUUGAUGGUUUAUAUAAAAGGAUGCUGCUUCUUAAAAAAAAGAAGUAUGCGGCUGUAAAGUUGCUGUUUAAAGAUGGCACCCCAUAUGAGGUUAUUGAACGUAAAGGUCUCGACAUUGUUCGUCGUGAUUGGAGCCUGUUAGCGAAAGAAUUAGGAGAUUUUUGCUUGACUCAAAUUUUGUCGGGAGGAUCAUGUGAAGAUGUCGUGGAGUCCAUCCACAAUUCUCUUAUUAAGGUACAAGAAGAAAUGAGGAACGGACAAGUACCAUUAGACAAAUAUGUCAUUACAAAGACAUUGACCAAACCUCCUGAAGCUUAUCCUGAUGCCAAAAACCAGCCACACGUUCUUGUGGCACAAAGAUUGAAGCAUCAAGGCCACUCUUCUGGUAGCACUGUUGGUGAUACAAUUCCUUAUAUAAUUUGCUAUGAGCAGGGCAGUGCUUCAGGCAAUGCAGCCGGCAUUGCACAACGUGCCAGACAUCCUGAUGAACUUACAAACGGGACAUGGCUGAUUGACAUUGAUUACUAUUUAUCGCAACAGAUCCAUCCAGUGAUAUCACGUCUUUGUGCACCAAUUCAGGGCACAAGUUCAGAAAGACUGGCUAAUUGUUUAGGGCUUGACUCGUCGAAGUUUCAUCAUAAAUCUAGUGAAGCUUUAAAUGAUGAUUCUACAAGCUCACUCUUGUUGGUUGCUGAUGAUGAGGAAAGAUAUCGGGGAUGUGAGCCAUUGAUCUUGACAUGCCCCAGCUGCUUUGGUACAUUUGGGUGCCCACCUGUCUUUAAAUCUAUUUGUUGUUUGUUGGGUAGUGACAUGACAACCAGUGUAGCCUUGGAGGAGUCCAUCUAUAAUUUCUGGCGUAAGCUGUGCUGUCCUAAAUGCUCAGAUGGUAAAAUUUCUCCCGCAAUGAUAGUUAACCAGGUUAAAAUGCAAGCAGAUAAGUUUAUUUUAAUGUAUUAUAGAGGUUUAUUAACGUGUGAUGAUGAAACGUGUAAACAUACAACUCGAAGGAUCAACCUUCGGUUGGUUGGUGAUUAUGAGAGACGAACUGUUUGUCCAAAUUAUCCUCGCUGCAAUGGGCGUUUAUUAGUUAGACAGUACACUGAAGCAGACUUGUACAGACAGCUCUCGUAUUUUUGCCAUGUGUUCGAUACUGUUUCUUGUAUAGAGAAGAUGGAGGCAAAAUCUAGAAUACCAAUAGAGAAAGAGUUGAUCAAAAUUAGGCCAAUGAUAGAUCCGGCAGCCUUAAAAGCACAGAAGAUCAGGGAUCGUUGCCUCUUUGGGUGGGUGAGCAUGCAGGAUCUUUUUAUGUAGUCUAGCAUAAGUGAUGUCCAUUUGCAUCUACUUCAAAUAGGGGUUGACAACGGAUGAAAAGUAAAGAAAAGAAUGAAGCGAGCAUGAAAAACCAUACAACCGAUAUCAUAGAGUUCCAUGCCUUGCAAACACACCUGAAUUGGGUUAGAGUUUUCAUUGGAGUCCAGGACAAUUUCUAGAACGAGAUGCUCAGGGAUGAAUGACAUCUUCCCCAGAGAUACUGGUUAAGCAGCUUUGGUUACUGCAACAAAACUAACACCAAAAGAGAGCUUGUUAAGCAGCUUUGGACGGCAAAGAUACUCAGAACUGGUUUACACCAAAGAUACUGAAGAAAUGAUGUUCGCUGUUGAUCAAGUAGU